AUGGAAGUGCCAGUCAUCAGCGAUGGCGUUCACCUGUCUGACUACAGACCCAGAAUCCAUUCAUCAGUGACUGACAGAGACUAUGUGUCUGAUUAUUAUCACUGCUAUAAUGAUGGCAGCCACGUAACACCACGAGGGCCUGAUUAUGCCACCUUGGAUGCCCCUCCAAACUAUGAAUUCUAUGCCAACACAGAAGUGUGUGGACGGAAAAAACGCAUCAGGCCGUCUCUCUACCAACUGUCUGUCAACCUUGAGGACAUCUCCAGACCUCCAAUGUACGAGGAGACCACAAGUGAACGCAUGGAAGGUGACGACUGUCAGGAAGAGGAGCAAACGGAGCAGCUUGCUCAACCAAUAAGAUUUGGCUGGGUGCAGGGAGUCAUGAUCCGUUGCAUGUUGAACAUUUGGGGGGUGAUCUUGUACCUGAGGCUGCCGUGGAUUACUGCACAAGCUGGCAUAGGUCUGACAUGGGCGAUUGUCCUGCUGUCCUCGUGUAUCACCGGCAUCACCGGUCUCUCCACCUCAGCUAUCGCGACCAACGGCAAAGUAAAAGGAGGUGGGACCUACUUUCUAAUUAGUCGAAGCCUUGGCCCAGAGCUGGGCGGGUCCAUUGGGCUCAUCUUCGCCUUUGCCAAUGCUGUGGCUGUGGCCAUGCACACCGUAGGCUUCGCUGAGACUGUUGCAGACCUCAUGCAGGAAAAUGAUGCUGCCAUGGUAAACCGAACCAAUGACAUCCGCAUAAUUGGCAUCAUUACAGUCACAUGUCUUCUUGGUAUCUCAUUGGCUGGCAUGGCGUGGGAGUCAAAGGCCCAGAUUGUGUUCUUCCUGGUGAUCAUGGUGUCGUUUGCCAGUUACGUUGUGGGAACCAUCAUCCCUGCAUCGCCGCACAAACAGGCCAAGGGCUUUUUCAGCUAUAAAUCGGACAUAUUUGCUGAAAACUUUGUACCCAACUGGCGGGGGAAAGAGGGAAGCUUCUUUGGAAUGUUUUCCAUUUUCUUUCCCUCGGCUACCGGUAUCCUGGCAGGAGCCAACAUCUCUGGAGAUCUGAAGAACCCAGCAGUGGCCAUUCCCAGAGGAACGUUGAUGGCAAUAUUCUGGACCACCUUGUCCUACCUCAUCAUCUCUGCUACUAUUGGUUCUUGCGUGCUGCGCGAUGCAUCCGGACUGUUAAACGACACCAUGUCUUCUUCCUCCACCAAUACGUGUGUUACUUUGGCUUGUCAGUAUGGCUGGGACUUCACUGACUGCAUCAGCAACAACACUUGUGUCUUUGGCAUCAGUAACUACUAUCAGACGAUGAGCAUGGUAUCAGCUUUCUCCCCCCUCAUUACCGCUGGUAUCUUCGGUGCAACGCUCUCCUCUGCUUUGGCCUGCCUGGUAUCGGCACCCAAAGUCUUCCAGUGUCUGUGUGAGGACAAACUCUACCCUCUCAUUGGCUUCUUUGGAAAAGGCUAUGGUAAAAACCAGGAACCGCUGCGAGGCUACCUGCUGACGUACAUCAUUGCCAUAUGCUUCAUUCUCAUUGCUGAGCUGAACACGAUCGCCCCGAUCAUCUCCAACUUCUUUCUGUGCUCGUACUGUCUGAUCAACUUCAGCUGCUUCCACGCCUCCAUCUCCAACUCACCCGGCUGGCGUCCAACCUUCAGGUUCUACAAUAAAUGGCUGUCCUUGUUGUGCGCCGUGUGUUGUCUGGUCAUCAUGUUCCUGCUGACUUGGUGGGCCGCACUCAUUGCCUUUGGGGUCGUCGUGCUCCUUUUGGGAUACACACUCUACAAGAGGCCCGCGGUGAAUUGGGGGUCUUCAGUGCAGGCCAGCUCCUACAGCAUCGCACUCAACCAGUGUGUGGGCCUCAACCAUGUGGAGGACCACGUGAAGAACUACAGACCACAGUGUUUGGUGCUGACAGGACCUCCCAGCAGUCGACCAGCUCUUGUGGAUCUGGUCAGCUGUUUGACAAAGAACCUCAGUCUCAUGAUGUGUGGCCAUGUGCUUACCGGCAAUCUCCCUCCACUGGUGCAAAGCAUUGACAGUCACAUUUUGUGGUUGAACCAAAGAAAGGUCAAGUCCUUCUACAAAAAUGUGCUGUCUGCAGACCUACGCUCAGGAGUGAACAUGCUGCUCCAGGGUGCAGGUUUGGGUAGAAUACGACCGAACGUCUUGCUAAUGGGUUUCAAGUCAGACUGGCUGAGUGACUCCCCUCAGGCGGCAUACAGUUACAUCGCAAUAUUGCAGGAUGCAUUUGAUCUUCAGUACGGUGUGUGUGUCCUGAGAAUGAGAGAGCGACUGGACGUUUCACAUCAGUCACAUGUCAAUCCAGGCUUUGAUGAAGGACCUGAGUGUAUAAACACUACAUAUAAACCGUCUGGAUUUCACAACAUCAGUGCAUCUACGGCGGUUCAAGCAAGAACGUUGUUCCGACAAAAGCAAGGAGAGAAGACAAUCGACGUGUACUGGCUGUCUGAUGAUGGAGGCCUCACCCUGCUGCUGCCUUACCUGCUCACUCGCAGGAAGUGCUGGGCCAAAUGUACAGUUCGAGUGUUUGUGGGCGGAGAAAGUUGCAGCAAAGAGGAGCGGAAAGAGGAGGUGUUGACAUUAAUCAAGAAGUUCCGCCUUGGUUUCCAUGAUGUUGAAGUGCUUCCUGACCUCCAUCAAAAACCUCAGCUUAGAAACAUUCACCACUUUGACAAUAUGCUGAGUUCCUUCAAGCGGGAUACCAAACCACAGAGUGAAAGUGAUUCUGAUCCAUCAAGAGAACAGACAGAACCCUGGGAGAUCACAGAGCAGGAUCUGGAGAGAAACAAGGCCAAGACUUUCCGUCAACUUCGUCUGAAUGAGAUUCUGCAGGAUUACUCCAGAGAGGCUGCACUGAUUGUCAUCACCAUGCCCGUGAGGAGGAGAGCGGUGUGCCCCAGAGUUCUCUACCUGGCAUGGCUGGAAGUCCUGUCACGUGACUUGAAGCCUCCAGUUUUGUUGGUCAGAGGAAACCAGGAAAAUGUCCUCACCUUCUACUGCCAGUGAAAUAUCUUCCUAUGUUUCACACAAUCACAAGUCAUACCACAACAACUGCUACCUUUUGAAGGAAUAUUGUAGUCAAAUGUUUUCAUGCCACCAAUAAUUAAAGGGGAACUGCACUUUUUUUUCUUUUUUUGCCUAUCGUAGGAAAGACAUGACAACGG